UCAGGCACCCUUUCUCCAAACAUUCCUCAGACCACGAAGCUAGACGUCAAACCCAUCUGUCAAAAGCUUCAUAUCUAGCCGGCAAUGGAGCCUCUCGUUGAUGGCCUGCCUGCAAAUACUCCUGGAAUUGUUCAUCGCAAACAUCAGUCAUGCGACUCCUUCGACAGCAGUGUGUACAGUAGCCAAGCCAGCAGCUGCACAAGCUCAUCAAGCAAGAAGGUCCACUUCGAACCACAAGCAGAAUGGGCCUACACAAGCGACCGACCAUCACAUACUUCACACUCUCCAUCACACAUGUCUGCUCAACGGCGCUCGCCCUUCUGGAAGCUCGUCGGAUCACAGGAUAGAUCCAAUGAAACCGACAUCGAAUCUCAGACCGACAAAAAGCCGAGGAAACUGCAACGACGCAGAGACUCAUCCACACCACCGCAGCCUCCACGCCGCAGAGACUCCUGCUCACAGCUUGCUGAGCAAUACCCAGGUCUCCCACCCGGCACGUCUAUCGUUCGACAAGGAUCGCACUUCUACAUCGUCAAGCAACCGCUACGAGAAACCCCUGGGAGACGACUCGCAAAAUCUAGCCUGCGCACAGUACCAACUGUGCAGUCCCCCCUAUUCUCCGACACCGUCACGCAAAGCAGGAAGGGCGCAUGGGAUGACCUGCUCCCCUGACGGAUAUGGCUGGGAACACUCACUUCAUGACAAGAGAUAGGGAUGUUGUUGCUGGCGAGGCCAUGAUGGCGCUUACGGUUGAUUGUACUUGCACGAACGUUGUUGAUUGGUUUUUAUCUACAUUUCUUCUGACAAUGUGCAACGCGUGGGCAGACACGUUGGAUCGUUAUCACUUUCGCAGCUUCCAAAAGCUUCAUGCCGUCUGCAAUAAUGCUUGGUAUUGUCUCAGUCUUGAUCACGAUGUCUCUUCGUGUCCUGUUGUCGUAUUCAACUCUUCUACAU